AUGGCGACCGCAAGCGCAUCAGCAGGGUCUAUCUCGCCCAAUAGCACUGUAUAUGUUCGCAAUCUGGAGGAGCGCAUCAAGGUCGAGCAACUUAAGGAAGCAUUGGAAGAGAUCUUCUCCGAAUUCGGCAAUAUCCUUGAGAUCGUCGCAAAGACCAACCUCCGAGCCAAGGGCCAGGCCUUCAUUGUCUACGACACUGUAGAAGCCGCCACCCGCGCCAUUGACGAAGUGAACGGCUUCGAUCUUUUUGAUAAGCCUAUGGUCCUGGAUUACGCAAAGACAAGAAGUGAUGCCACUGUUUUACGGGAGAAUGGCUCAGACGAGCUUGAGGCUCACAAGAGGCGGCGUCUAGCCGAGAAGGAGCGGAAACAAGCCCACGAUGCCCUCGAGGCUCAGAAGAAGCUCAAGCGCCCCGCCGCUGCGGCCGCCGAGACCACUCGUCCCGCCAAGACAACCAAGGGCGCUGGUCUCAAGCCCACAUCUGGAACAACAGCUGCCGUCGUUCCAGACGAAUAUCUUCCACCGAACAAGAUUCUUUUCUUGCGGGAACUCCCCGACGACGCCAACGAGGAGAGCCUGUCCGCUAUCUUUGGCCGCUUCGAAGGAUUCCAGGAAGUCAGAUUGGUGCCUGGUCGCAAGGGUAUUGCGUUCGUCGAAUACCAGGACGAGUCAGGUGCUAUCAGUGCGAAGGAGGCUACUUCAGGCAUGACCAUGGGCGACCAGGGCAAGCCUAUCCGCGUCACUUACCAGAGACAGUAG